UUUCGCUCAAUUUCUUUCCUCAGUGUCCAGUGAUCUCUGAAAUUGUUUUGUUUUCCUUCCUUUUAAUUUUGGCGUUUCAAAGAGAAUUUGAAACCGAUUCUCUAUAUCCUUGUAAUUCUGGUUCGAUCGAUGGGUAAUCGAAACACACAAUCUCUACGAUCAGGUUUCAAGUCUAGGGCUUUUCUGAUACGGUAAGACGAAUAAAUUUUAGGUUUUUAACCACUUUAGAUUCCUCUUCUCCUCGGUAUUCGAUUGAUAGGCCAAUGGAUAAUCGGAAAGGUGCUCUCUUUCCCGAUGAGGUGAUUCUUCAGAUUCUGGCGAGGGUACCUGUGAAAUCGCUGUUCCGGUUCAAAUCCGUUUGCAAAACUUGGUACAGAUUGCCUUCCGACAAUUACUUCACUACAUUGUACAACCAAGUGUCUGUAAAAGAGCAAAUGCUUGUCGCCGAGGUAUCGGAUUCUUCGGAAUCGAAAUCUAGCUUGAUCUGCGUUGAUAAUCUGAAGGGUGUUUCUGAGUUGUCACUGGGUUUUCUUAGAGAUAGGGUGAGAAUCAGGGUUUCGUGUAAUGGCUUAUUGUGUUGCUCUAGCAUUCCUGAAAAGGGCGUUUAUUAUGUCUGUAAUCCAUCGACUAGAGAGUAUAGGAAAUUGCCUAGGAGCCGAGAAAGACCCGUUACUCGGUUUUAUCCAGAUGGUGAGGCAACUCUUGUUAGCUUGGCUUGUGACUUAACCAGGAAGAAUUUUUACGUGGUCAUGGCUGGUUACCACAGGUCUUUUGGUCAGAGACCUGAUGGGACUUUCAUUUGCUUGGUGUUUGAUUCUGAGACCAACAAAUGGAGGAAAUUCGUUUCGGUGCUAGAAGAUUGUAGUUUCACUCACAUGAGCAAGAACCAAGUGGUGUUUGUCAGUGGGAGGCUUCACUGGUUGAUGAGUGGUUUGUGUUAUAUACUUGCACUUGAUGUUGAACAUGAUGUCUGGAGAAAGAUUUCUUUGCCUGAUGAGAUCAGAUGCGGGAAUGGUGGUAAUCGGGUUUAUCUCUUGGAAGCUGAUGGGUUUUUAUCUGUGAUUCAACUAUCAGAUGGGUGGAUGAAGAUCUGGAAGAUGAGAGACUAUGAGACUGAAAUUUGGACUGUUGUUGAUAGCAUAAGUCUAAGGUGUAUCAAGGGAUUGGUACCUGGAAUCUUUCCGAUUUGCCAGACCGGCGAGUAUGUGUUCUUGGCUACUCAUAAACAGGUUUUGGUGUAUCAAAGACGGAGUAAGUUAUGGAAAGAGAUGUUUUCUGUAAAAGGAAGCUCUUCUCUUCCUUUGUGGUUCUCAGCUCACGCCUUUCGCAGCACCAUAGCGCCCUGUAAUUAAGCUCUAUAUGUAUGCUUAUGUUGCCUCUUCUUCUACAUUUUUCUUGUUUGUUUUCUUGGAACUUGUAAGGCGCGUGUAAUUUGUUUCAAGGUUUUAGCUACACAAUUAAACUCGAAACUAGCUAAAACGAAUCAGAUUGCGAUUCUUUUAG